CCCAUAUGGGCUCCCUCUGUCGAUGUGCUCGACUGACAGGAUAUUUUGAGAAUCACUGACGAGUCGGUUUGGGCUCUGAUCUGCACCAAGCUUCCUGUGUGGCCGCCGCCGCCUACAGUAUGGAACCGGAGCCGUCGCAAGCGCAACCUCACCCAGCUCCUGAGGAACCGGUCAAGUCGAUCGAAGACGAUGGCAAGGCCGACAACCUGGCAGCGACAGAUGGGAUCACAGACGAACAAUGGAGGUCAAUGAUGGGCGUUGUUCUGGCUAUCUAUGAUUUCAGAGAGGAGGAUGGCCAUGAUCCAUCGAAACUAUUCCAGCGAAGCGUCAACAAACGCAAUGUUCCCGAUUAUUAUGAUAUCAUCAAGGAGCCCAUGGCUCUAAGCAUAUUGAAACAAAAGAUCAACAAGCGCGAGUAUAAGAGCAUCCUCGAAUUCGUGCGCGACUGUGCUCUAAUCCCUCACAAUGCGCAAACCUACAACCGUCCAAAAUCCCAAGCGUAUGAGGAUGCGCUCGUAAUAAAGGACGUUUUUAUUACAGAGUUUCGAAAGCUGGUGAAUCAAGGGGUUAUGACUACGGAGGAAGCUGAACUUCCUGACCUUGGAGAAAUCCCCGAGGCAGACCCCCUGCCAGAGGAAGAGGAAGAGGAGGACGAGGACGAAGAAGACGAAGAGGACGAGGAAGAUUCUGAUGAUGAGAGUCGACGGAAAAAGAAAAAGGGCCCUCGCCCAAGUGGUAAACGUGAGGGUGGCAAAGACGACGGUCAAAAGUCGAAUGACCCUGAGCUGCGGAAAAAGCGAGGCCGGCCACCGCGUGUUGAUACCCCAAUGGAGGCUAGAAUCAAGGCGGUUCUAAAGGGGAUUCGCAAGCUGAAAGGGCCCGGCAGCCAACUCAAGGUGCGACAUUUUGAGAGGUUGCCCGACAAGGCCACCUAUCCGGACUAUUACGUGGAAAUUCGAGAGCCCAUUGCCAUCGACAUCAUCAAGCGGAAGUCAAAGCGGAAGAAGUACAACUCGGUGGACCAUUUCAUGAGAGACAUGGACCUUAUGUUUAACAACGCGAAGGCCUACAAUCAGCCCGAGAGUCAGAUAUUUAAGGACGCGGUCGAUCUGCAACUAGAAGCGCGCAAGCUGGCUGAGCACGAGAAGAAAAAGCCAGACAGUGAGUACAUGAUGGAGGAUGGACGUUUGCCCCUACCCGAUGGCAUUCUGCACAAGGGCGAGCUGUGGAAGGUCGGGGAUUGGGUCCAUAUCCAGAACCCGAACGACGUGACGAAACCCAUCGUAGCCCAGGUCUAUCGCACAUGGCAAGAUUCUGAGGGUGAGAAAUGGAUCAACGCUUGUUGGUAUUAUCGCCCUGAGCAGACCAUCCAUCACUUCGAGAAGCACUUCUACCCCAACGAGGUGGUCAAAACGGGCCAGUAUCGGGAUCACCGGGUGGAAGAGAUUGUGGAUCGUUGCUUCGUGAUGUUCUUCACUCGCUACAAUCGUGGCCGGCCAAGAGGUCUUUCCCCCGACAAAGACGUUUACGUCUGCGAAGCCCGGUAUAACGAGGAGAAACAUAAGCUGAACAAGAUCAAGACGUGGGCGAGUUGUCUUCCGGACGAAGUCAGGGAGAAGGACUACGAGAUGGACCUCUUUGAUGUUCCUCGACGGAUCAAGAAAAUCCCCAGUCCCAUCAAGCAUCUACUGAAGGGCGAUGCGAAGGAAACCGACGACCUUCCCAAGCCAACCUGGGGGGCGGACAAUGCACCCCCCGUGGUCGGCGCAGUCCAUCGCCGCCCCAGAGACGAGAACGAGUCUCCCCCCCCGGAACCCACCCCGUCACCACCUCCGUCACUGCCACCACCUACUUUGCCCCCUGGUCCACCUCGACAACCCUCGAUCAACCCGUCCUCUACACGGCCCAGUGUAGAUAAUCAAGGCACUGGCACAACAGCGGGAGUAGCUGCUGCGGUUGCUCGCUCCCCAGCUGCGCCUGUUCCUCCGACUCAACAUUCUCCGGCACCAGUUCCCCCGGUAAAUUUCCAUCAGUCCCAGAUUCCCCCAACUCAGGUUUAUCAUCAGUCUGCCAUGCAGAGGCGCACUAGCGGCCUUGUCCCUCAGACAUCUCAUCCGGCUGCUUAUCAGGCGUCAGCUAUACCUCAUGCAUACGCAGCCGCCCAACAGACACCUUACACUCCAUAUACAGGGAGCCGGUUGCCGGUCCCUCCCUUAGGGAUGUACAAUCCCAACGCACCCCGGCCGAUUGAAGUCUUCCAUUUGAGCGAUUCCGCGAAUGCCACUAUCCCGGAAGAUAUCCGUGAGCAGUUCCACUGUGAUAACCAGGGUCGUGUGCUUUUCUUCUUCAGCCCCCCGCUGGAUGUGAUCCCGUCAGUUCAGCAAAAGCUAGGCCACUCUCUCAAGUAUCUGGCUGCCAAAGAGGAGCGAAGGAAGUUGGUGGAGGCCAAGAAGCGCAAGGAGAAUCACGAACAGGUGGGGCGGGAAGUGAGUGUUAAGCGGCAGCGGCCUGAUGAAGAGCCAGCUCUUACUGCUUACAUGGAUACCCUAACAGCCAAGGCCAUGGAGGCCCUGGCAUCCCAGAUCACGGACGGCACGGACAAGUUUUAUGAGAUCUUGUACCAGGAUAAGGCCGGAAGUACGCGACGAGCUGAUACUAAGGCUCACGAGCGAAGGCUUCUGGGCGAGCAGGCUUCCCAGGAGGAAACUGCGAGGAUUUUGGCGCACUCGAAGAAAAUGGCCUUUGUUAGCCUCAAAGGCACCGCCAUGUAUCUGGAUGAUAUUGGACGUAAAGCCUGA